GACAUGUCAUAUUUGUUUUGUAAAAUUGAUUGUAUAAAUGACAUGUGGCACUAAAGGAUAGAUACCAUAAAACUGAUUCCGAGAAUCUUUGAACUUAUGGCUUUCAAUAAAAGCCCAUAACAAGCCCAAUAAGAACACAGCCAACGAAACUCCUUUGUUUGAGAAUCCUGUCCUCCUCUCCGCCGCUGAAGCUCCGUUCAACAGUUUGCUUCUUUCACACUCUUCUUGUCCUAAAAAUGUCUCCAUGGAAGCCUCCGACCCCUCGCCUCCUCCUCAAAAACGUAUCCUGCAUGAGAAACGCGCAGCAGAUCCUCCGCCACGUCAACGUAUCCCUCCACGACGGCGGAGCCCUCGUCCUAACCGGAACCAACGGAUCCGGCAAAUCAACCUUCUUACGAAUGCUCGCCGGAUUCUCAAAGCCCUCCGCGGGCGAAAUCCUCUGGAACGGCCACGACAUCACGCAAUCAGGAAUCUUCCAGCAGUACAAGCUCCAGCUCAACUGGAUCUCUCUGAAAGACGCAAUCAAGGAGAGGUUCACGGUCCUCGACAACGUCCAGUGGUUCGAGCUCCUGGAGAACAAGAUCGGGAAAGCGCAGCCGGCGCUGGAGCUGAUGGGGCUAGGGAGGCUGGUGAAGGAGAAGUCGAGGAUGCUGUCGAUGGGGCAGAGGAAGAGGCUGCAGCUCGCGAGGCUGUUGGCGAUUGAUAGGCCCAUUUGGCUUUUGGAUGAGCCCUCCGUUGCGUUGGAUGAUGAAGGGGUUAGGUUGCUUGAGUUUGUUAUCGGGGAGCAUAGGAAGAAGGGAGGGAUUGUGAUUGUGGCGACUCAUCUUCCUAUUGAGAUUGAGGAUGCGUUGGUCUUGAGGCUUCCUCCUAGGUUCCCUAGGAAGAUGACUUUGAUUGAUAUGCUUGAUCGUGCUGACAUUUCUUAGUUUGGGAUCAAAAGAUUGUUUGAUUAUUUUGUUUGUACUUGUUGUGUAAGGGAAUCAAAUAAUGGAUUUGGGACGAGUUAAACGUAUACGUUUGGACAUUGACCUCCCUGUCUCUCUAUCUUAGUUCUCAGAGUUGCAUUUGAUCUCUUCAUUCUUUGAAUUUGGUUUGUCUAAUUAGUUUCUGGGUUAUGGUUCUGUCGAAUCUAGUGAAUUUCCACUGAUCCAGUUGUAAUAAUGAGUGAAAGUUUCGAGCUUUUUAUGUUUGUUUGUUUUGUUUCUGCAACUCUAUAGUAAUGUCUUGUCUAUUACAAUUUUUGGGUGAAGCUAUAUAGGCUGCGGCAGUGACGA